UUACAUUGCAGACCACCAGCCAGCAUAUUAUUGUCCUCGGCCAGGGUGGUGCCUGGUGGUGGUGGUGGUGAUAACGAUAUUAGGGCACGAACUCGACCUUCGCCAUCCAGUGGGAGAUACGACGGCAGCCGUGCAGUUUUGUAGUUUCCUCUCCUUGCGAAGACCUUACACCUUACCGGUUGUCAUUUUCUAACUGAAUACUGGCAGAACAAAACUGUGUCUUUGAUGUAACCACUUUCCGUUUUGGUGAUUCCUUUACUGUCCUAUUUGACCUCUUCACCGCUGCGUUGCUGUUAACUUUCAUCGCAAGUCAACUACUGAGCCUGUCGAGGUGCCUGCAACAACAUGCGCCCUGUGGAAGACCCCAGCACCAGUAGAACUGGUAGUAAUAGUGAUCUCCUGGAGCCGGUCUUCACGAGGGGGCCUUCACGGGAAUCCGUCGGACUGACAACGUCGCCGAUAACGCAACUCCCACCGAUCCUGCCUGAGAUUGAUCAUCACCCUAUAGCUGGCUUCCCCGAUACAAGUCCGGCGUCACAUGGCUGGCUGGGAAUUCAACAUAUGCAACCAUCCCCUCCUUCCAGCGCCAAUGCACAAUCACACAUCUCAGCUGGCAAUGCAGCCAGGCCAAACGUAUUUUCGUUUGAGAGCCAACCCACCAGUCGGUUGAGUGGAGCAGCGGCAAGCACCUUCACUCACAACGGUUUAGUUCCACAGGGACAAGCACACAGCGCACUGUCAGCAUUCUCCAACCCCAAAAAUCCGCCGUUUCUUCAGGCUAACCAACAGCUGGCCGAGCGCUUUGCCAACAGCAUUCUGGGUGAUGCAGGAGUCCGCAUUGUGAAUCCAGGAUCAGCUCAGGGUAGUUUUGGGUAUCUACCUCAUAGCUAUGAGCCAUCACGAUCACAGGCCCUACGACUACCACAACAACACCAAGAACAACUGCAACAACAACAACUACUGCAACAACAACAACUACUACAACAAAUACUACUGCAACAACAACAACAACAACAACAACCACAACAGCAACAACAACCACAACAACAACAACACCAGCCAUCACAUAUCCCGAACUUUCCAGAAAUGCCACAAAGUCACCACGACCUCAGCAAGCCACUCCCACAGAGUGCCUUACUUGGGCAGCAGCCGUCAAUGACAGAACCUGCAAAGCCCGCCAAAGCCAAACCAGUGUGCCCGGAAUGCAACAAGAGCUUCGCAAAGCCCUCGUCGCUCAAGACACACAUGGCGGUGCACACUGGGGAGAUGCCGUUUCGUUGCGAAGAGUGUGGACAGGCCUUCAAACAGCGCACUAAUCUAACUGCGCACACGCGCACGCACACAAAGGAGAAACCGUACCAGUGCAAAAGGUGCAGCAAACGCUUCUCGCAGUCCUCGUCUCUCAAAAACCACACGCGGACACACACCGGGGAGAAGCCUUAUCAAUGCAACAAGUGCAACUUGAGGUUUACUGACACGUCGACACUGACCAAGCACAAGAGAAUACACACAGGCGAAAAGCCAUACAAGUGCAAAAAGCCGGGCUGUGAACAGGCAUUCUCACAGUCCGGCAAUCGCAACCGCCACAUGGAUACCCACAAGCCGCCUAAGGAGAAUGUUGAGAAGCCAGCCAAACCUGACAAUGGAUCCAACUGAACAGGCACUGCACUAUUGCACCAGCAUCUCCAGUUCAACAACGACAAUGUCGGCAGGAGAACCAAAUCAGGAGAUAACAGCGCCAGGAAUUGAGGUUUAGGUGAGAUUAUUCCCAAAGAAUGCAAAAUAUAGUAGCAUAGUAGCAUCUGGCGCUAGCCAGGGUGCACAGCGCUGUAUUCGGUAUGUGUGUGUGUGUGUGUGUGUGUGUGUGUGUGUGUGUGUGUGUGUGUGUGUGUGUGUGUGUGUGUGUGUGCCUAAACUGCAAUAGCUUUUGAUGUCAUCCUAACACAACACCCCCCCCCCCCCACUAUCAACAACCUAACUUCUUUGAUUUUUUAAAGGCAAAACCCCAUACAAGUACAAUGUCAUGUACUGGUAUAAAUAUAGAUAAUAAUAUUAUAAUGCUGUCUGAUGAGUGUUUUCACACGACUCUCCGAGUAACAGUGGAAAGAGAUUUGUUUGCUUCAUUGCUGUGUAAUGUUUGUACAUGUUAAAUUAUACUGAUUAUGGAUUAUAACUGUCACCCGCUAUCAACACUCUCUCUGGUUUGUGUACAUAUGUAUGAAAUCAUGUAUAUGCUGAUUAUAGUCAGUACCAUCCCUAGGUUGUCCUGCUGAUUGUGCAACACCCGUGAAAGUCGAAACCAAAAACCGGAUCACCUUCUUAUUAUGUACGUAGCCAUGCAUUCCUCCUGUGGCUGUUCUAAGACUUAAUUAAAGCACACUGCAUGUAUGUAUAUGCAUGCAUAGUCGGCUUGCGAUACAAUGUAUGUGUACAUACAUGUACAUGCACACUACAGAGCUUCUUCUUCCAAACCAUUUGUCGUCAAAUGGGCAUAUCUGAUUUAAAUUGCAAUACGAGUAAUUAUUCUCAUAUCCCUCCGGAAUGGGACUCACGAUGGCAGAAU